AUGGGUCAAGAGGCCCUGGUGUUUGGCUGGGCUAUGGUGGGGAUCCUGGCACUACAGAACCUGGCAGUGGCCAAGCCUUCACAAGGGUCUCUGGGCAGUAAGGCCAGGGUGUUUGCUGACCUGAGCACUGAGGAGCUGAAGGCUGUGCACACCUUCCUUUGGUCCCAGAGGCAACUGGCACUGAAGCCCGCCAAAGCCUUAACCAUAGCCAAGAAUUCCAUAUUCCUCAUUGAGACUCUGCUGCCCAAGAAACAACGUGUGCUGAAAUUUUUGGACAAUGAUGAAAAGCAUCCUGUUAGGGAAGCCCGUGCUGUCAUCUUCUUCGGAGCCCAGGAGAAGCCUAACAUUACUGAGUUUGCAGUGGGACCCCUGCCACGACCUUACUAUAUGCGAGUACUGGCCCCCAGGCCUGGUCAUCACCCAACAUGGGCAUCCAGGCCAAUCUCCACUGCUGAGUAUGUCCUCCUGAACCGCAUCCUGCAAGAAGCCACCAAGCCUCUGCACCAGUUCUUUCUCAAAACCACUGGCUUCUCCAUCCAAGAUUGCCGAGACAGAUGCCUGACCUUUACCGACGUGGCUCCCCGGGGCCUGGCUUCUGGCCAGCGCAGAACCUGGCUUAUCCUGCAGCGAUAUGUGGAAGGCUAUUUCUUGCAUCCCACUGGCCUGGAGCUCCUUGUGGACCACAGCAGCACAGAUGUCCACGACUGGGUGGUGGAGCAGGUCUGGUACAAUGGGAAGUUCUACAGUAGUCCAAAAGAACUGGCCCGCAAGUAUGGUGAUGGAGAGGUAGAUGUGGUGGUUUUGGAGGACCUACCACCCCCAGGCAGUGAGGAGGCCCCACUCUUCUCCUCCUACAAGCCCCGAGGGGCCUUCCCCACACCUAUAACAGUGAAUGGACCCCGCCUGGUCCAGCCCCAAGGCCUCCGCUACCAGCUAGAAGGCAAUGCUGUGCUCUAUGGAGGCUGGAGCUUCGCCUUCCGGCUGCGGUCCUCCUCAGGACUGCAGGUCCUGGACCUGCGCUUCGGAGGAGAGCGUGUCGCCUACGAGGUGAGCGUGCAGGAGGCAGUGGCCCUGUAUGGAGGACACACGCCAGCUGGCAUGCAAACCAAGUACAUGGAUGUGGGCUGGGGACUGGGCAGCGUCACACAUGAGCUAGCUUCUGGCAUCGACUGCCCAGACACUGCCACCUUCCUGGAUGCCCUCCACUAUUAUGAUGCCGAUGGCCCUGUGCACUACCCCCAAGCCCUCUGUCUCUUUGAGAUGCCCAUAGGGGUGCCCCUUCGGAGGCACUUUAAUUCCAACUUCAAUGGAGGAUUCAACUUCUAUGCAGGGCUGAAGGGCCAAGUACUGGUGCUGCGAAGCAUUUCCACCGUCUACAAUUAUGAUUACAUUUGGGACUUCAUCUUCUACCCCAAUGGAAUAAUGGAAGCCAAGAUGCAUGCCACUGGCUAUGUACAUGCCACCUUCUACACGCCCGAGGGGUUGCAUUAUGGCACACGCCUGCACACUCACCUGAUUGGCAACAUGCACACCCACCUGGUACAUUACCGCAUCGACCUGGAUGUUGCAGGCACCAAAAAUAGUUUCCAGACAAUGAAGAUGAAGCUAGAAAAUAUCACUAAUCCCUGGAGCCCUGGAUACCACCUGGUGCAGCCCACUCUGGAGCAGACGCAGCUCCACCGUGAGCGCCAGGCUGCCUUUUGUUUCCAUCAGGCCCUGCCCAAGUACCUGCUCUUCACCAGCCCCAAGGAGAACCCUUGGGGCCACAAGCGCAGCUACCGUGUGCAGAUUCAUUCCAUGGCUGACCAAGUGCUGCCCCCUGGCUUGCAGGAGGAGCGGGCUAUCACCUGGGCAAGGUACCCCCUGGCAGUGACUAAGUACCGGGAGUCAGAGCUGUGCAGCAGUAGCAUCUACAACCAGAAUGAUCCCUGGGACCCACCUGUGGUCUUUGAGGAAUUUCUUCAAAACAAUGAGAACAUUGAAAAUGAGGACCUAGUGGCCUGGGUGACAGUAGGUUUCCUCCACAUCCCACACUCAGAGGACAUCCCCAACACAGCUACACCUGGAAACUCUGUGGGAUUCCUGUUGCGGCCUUUCAACUUCUUUCCAGAGGAUCCCUCCUUGGCGUCAAAAGACACUGUGAUUGUGUGGUCCCAGGACAGAGGUCUCAAUCAUGUCCAGCGCUGGGUUCCAGAGGAGUCAGGUGGUUGCUGGAUGUCUCCCUCUUUUAGCUACAAUGGAACCUACAGGUCUGUGUGA